CAAACCACAGCUUGAAUUCUUGUGCAUCAGUCCCAUACUCCUGAGGAGACGGGCGCAUGGGUUGUUGCGGCACCAAGGGUGCUGUUUGGAAAGCAAAACUUGAAGAUGUGAAGUUGAGAAUUAUGAUGAGAAAGCCCUGGCGCAAGACCUAUGCCAGCGGGCAGCCGCCAGACAUUGCAGAGCUUAGCCGUGCGGUCAACGACUUGGAGCAAUGCCAUGGUUAUUUUGAGAGCGAGGGCACGGAUCGGGAAUCCCUUGGCAUCAUCCAGAACCUGGCCAAUGCGUUGGUUGAGGAGCUCCAUAGUUUGAUGGACCCUCGACUGAUCAAGCAGCACAGAGGGGCGUUGGAGCAUAUGGUCCGCCUCAGCAAGCAAGUGAACAACUUCCGAGCAAACAAGUCGGACCUCGUGGGCCAGAAGUACAAGGCCCUGGUGAAAGAGGAGCUGAGGAAGUUGCUGGAUUCUUGCGAGUACUCCAUGAGUGCAUGUGAAGCGACUAGAUUGCUUCCAACAUCCAAAAAGGUUGUUGGAUCUCUAGAGGAAGCAGCCAAAAUGCUGCGAGAGGUGCCCGAAAUGGAAGUCGAGUACGUCAACACGUGCCGCUCGUGGUGCGAUUUGGUGUUAACUGUCCUCCCCUCCACGAUCGAAGAGCAGCCUAGGGAUGUGAAGGCAAUCUUGGAGCUUACGUCCAAAGCAGACGGAAGUCUUCGGAAUUGUGUCGACCGCAGCCGCGUGUGGGCACCCCUCGCAGCCCGAGCGCGAGAGGUGCGGGACAACGUGGCUGCUACGGUGGCCUCUGGCAAACUCUUAGAGUUGGAGGAGUUGGUGUCAAAAGACUUGAACCUGUCGCGUGCCAUCAAGUUGCUAGACGAAUUCAGCGAGCUGUGCGUCAAUCCGGAUGAGACCCAGAAAGUGAAGCUCCGAGGCUGCAUUUCUACGUUGGUGGAGACCAUCCAGAGUGCCUUUGAGCAGGCCAUUGCCUCGGGCGACACUGCUGGGAUGCAAACGCUCCUGAGCUGCGCCAAGGACCUGGACGAGAAGCAGAAGAAGUGCAUUGGAGAGGAGGCUGGGCUGAUCUCCAGGAGUUUGGAGCAGAAGAAGGCUGGAGUGACACUGAAAUCCAUCCUGCCCAAUGCGGAGCGCAACGUGAGAGAACAGUCGCAGGAGCUCCACAAGCAUUUCCUACAGGCUGAGGAGCGCUUCAAAAAGACAGACCCGGAGAAACUGGAGCAGUUGGCCACGGGUGCUCGUUGGCGUUUCCGCUUGGGUUCAGGCAAGUUCAGAGAAUUCCAGGAGGAAAAGAUCCAGGAGGUGGAAGCACUUUAUCAAAGCUGGUGCAAAAAAGGCAAGCCCACGAACAAGCAAGAUUGCCGCUAUGAGAUCACCAUUCAGGUAAAGGGCGCUGGACCGCCUACCAAAAGCAUGGCAAGCACCGGACCUGGUGGGCCUCGGGAACGUUGUCCGUAUGGGGAGAAGUGCUACCGGAAGAAUCCGGAACACAGGAAAGACAUGAGCCAUCCCGGCGAUCCGGACUGGGACGAUAAUCCAGCCAAGGAGGCCGACGGAGAGGUGAGGCUGGAAACCUACUCGCUGGACUUUCACCUUAUGACCCAGGUGAACCUGACUCGAGGGGGUCGUGCAAUGCGUCCUAUCAAGCGUGACGAGGGCAAGACCUUGGGCCAAGAGAUCACUCACGUCUACAGAGAGAAGGUGACAGAGUUCGUCAAAGAUACGGAAGACACUUUCAGCCAGGCUGAAGUGGAGCUCCAUCUUCUGGGCGGAAGUGAGCGUGAAGACAUGCAAAAGCAGGCGGAUGCGCUCGUUGAAGCCAUGCGGCCAGCUCUGGUGGAGUAGGGAGACCUAUCUUUGGGAAUCAACUGGGGGUCAGACUGCAUCUGAGUGAACUGGUAUGUUUCAAAACGCU